AUGUCAUUUGUGAAUAAUGUUGAAAUUUAUAAAAAAAUGAUCUCUGAAGAGGUCAUAGAAAAACCAUGUGCAAUGGAUGAAAGUUCCACAGAGUUUAUGGUUCUAUCCAAAUGUGAUCACAUAGAUGAAACACUGGUUGUUGGCGAAGAGAUAGUUGUAGAUGAAAACAUGGAUACAAAUCAACAAAUCUCAAAACAUGUUAUUUGUGAACCAAGAGAUACUUCUGAAUAUUUUGAAGAAAGUAUAAGUACAAUGUCUGUUGAAUAUGCAGAAAAUUCUGUAUCACCUAUAGAUAAUAUAUCUAAACAAAAAUGGCUUCCAAAUGAUAUCAAUAAACAAAAUUUAUUGUUACCAGAACCUGAAGAAAAUGAAACUGAAAUGUGUAAUAAAGUAAUGAGCGAUGAUCAAGAUGGAGAUGAAGAAACAAUAGCUACAUUUAUAACUGCUACUGGUCAGCAAUUAGCAUUGUAUGCAGUUGAAGAUUCAGAAGAAAUUUUUGCUGUAGCAGUUUAUGACGAAUCUGGUGAACCUCCAACAAAUUUUCAAUUUCUUAUGAAAGCAGAUGUUGAAAGAUUAAUAGGUGAAGGUGCUGUUAGAACUGUAAAAAAACCAACACAAAUAAAAAAACAAUUACUGACUACUCAAUCACCAUUAUUUUUUCCUAAAAAUGAUUCAACAAAUGAUUUAACAAUGCAUGAUGAAAAUAAGAUUAUGUCAAAUGAAAAUGAAAGGGUACAAGAAAAAGAAGAUGCAUUGGAAGAAAAUUCAACUUUAAUGGAAAAUUCUGAUUUAAAUUUAAACACAAAACAAGUUCCAGAUAUUAUAUAUACAUCUGGCGAAAAGCAGUCAGAUGUAACAUAUUUAAUGAUGGAUGAUUAUUCUGUAAAUAUGGAUAAUUCUGAAGAGUAUCCAGAGGAUGAUGAAAGUGAUGGUGAAAUCAUAGAACAGUCAACAGUACAAUAUAUCCUCUUCGAGGGUGACCAAUCUGAUUCUGAAUUAACAUUCGACGAAAUUCGUGAAACUCUUCAAAAUUUGAAAACAGCAGAAUCAAAAGCAUCAAAAAAGCAAAUGAAUAAAAAAGUCGUUAGAGAUCAAAGUAAUUUUGGAAAUGUUAAGGAAACAGAAUUGUUAAUACAUAAAAAUUCUAAUUUGACUAAUCAUAUGCCUAAUGCUUUAACAGGAAGAAAGCAAAACUUGUUAGAUAGUCAACAAGAACGUCUAGAGACAUUAGCAGAUUCGACAGCAGAUAUAGUAUCAAGUAGUACAAAUUUAGAUAUAUCGAAUGGUUCUAUUGAAUGUACAUCACCUGAAUCAUCACAAAUACAGUACAAAACUAAAAGAUCUCGAAAACAACAACUAAUUUUGGUAAAUCGCGAAGAUUCGGAAAUUAUCAUACAACCAGCAUCUCCUUUAAACGAAGAAGACAAUAAUGUUCGGAAAAAAGCACAACGAAAAAGAAGAGUUGUAGCUCAUUCUGGGUACCGUCAAAGAAAUGACUCGAAAAGAAUAAAAAGAGUCAAACGCAAAGAAGUCGAGAUUAUUGAAAUUGAUGUUGAUGAAGAAGAAAGUAUUCUGCAAUCAAAAAGCGAUGUUGUAGAAAUCACUAUAGAUGAUAGUAAAGAUAAAUAUUCUAGUGAUAAAGAAAAUGAAAUUAUAAUGGUCGGCGAUUCUGAUGAUGAGAUACAACAGUCAAAUACAAAAGCAAUUUUAUUACAGUGUCAGCACUGUUCAAGAAAUUUCAGACAACAAAGAGCUUUAGAAACUCAUUUACGAGUUUGCUCAAAAUCACCGUCGAAUACAAUACGAUUUAACGAACAAAAACUAAAACAUGCAAAUGGAACAGCUGAAAACACUGUUAAGAAACAAUACGCUUGUAAAAUAUGUCAAAAAAUAUUCGAUGUAGUAGUAGCAUUAGCGCGUCAUGUACGAUCAGAACAUUCUCAAAGGAAAAAACGUAGAUUUAGUAAAUCAACACUUGAACGACCACCUGUAGAAGUUGAAGAAAAGAAAGAUUACACUGAACCAAAAAAACAGUUGACUAUGAUUAAAAGAAUUAAGAGAAAAAGAAAUCAACGACCAAAUUUUAGCUGGGAAGUAAAAAAGUUAAGUUGUUCUGAUUGUGGUAGAUGGUUUCCAAGUGCUGCCCUUCUAAGAGCACAUUGUUUACAACAUGGAACAAAGAAAUCUGAACAACAGAUACGCCAAUGUCAAAUAUGCAAAAAAUUAAUUAGGUCUAGAUUACUCUUUGUACAGCACUUAAACAAACAUGCAAAUUUACAAAAAAAUACAAAAUCAAUAUCAAAUAUUCAAAAAAAGCUGCAUACUACCAGGUCAGUGACAAGUAAAAUUACAACUCUCAGAAAACGGGGACGGCAACGAAAAUUUUGA